AUGUCGCCUUCGCGCUCGCUCCUCCUGUCCCUUCUUGCACCUUCGCGCUCGCCCCUCCUGUCCCUUCCCGUCGCCUUCGCGCUCGCCCCUCCUGUCCCUCCCGUCGCCUUUGCGCUCGCCCCUCCUGUCCCUCCCGUCGCCUUCGCGCUUGCCCCUCCUGUCCCUCCCGUCGCGUAUCCUUUCUCCCUUCUUCCUCCAUCUCUCCCGUCGCCCUUCCUCCCUCCCGUCGCCUCUCUCCCGUCACCUAUCCUCUCUCCCGUCGCCCUUUCUCUACCCCGUCGCCCUUUCUAUCCCCCGUCGCCCUUUCUCUCCCCCGUCGCCCUUUCUCUCUCCUGUCGCCUUUCCUCCCUUUUGUCGCCCUUUCAAUCUCCCGUCACCUGCUCUCUCUCCCGUCGCCCUUUCUCUCUCCCAUCGCCCUUUCACUCUUUUGUUGCCUUUCCUCCCUUCCGUCGCCCUUUCUCUCUCUCGUCGCAUAUCCUCUCUCCCUUCUCCUUUCAUCUCUCACGUCGCCCUUCCUCUCUCCUGUCACCCAUCCUCUAUUCAGUCGCCCUUUCUCUUUCCCAUCGCCCUUUCUCUCUACUGUCGCCUUUCCUCCCUUCCGUCUCCCUUCAUCUCUCCCGUCGGCCUUUCUCUCUCCUACCGCCCUUCGCCCAUCCCUAA